AUGACACAGCAAACCAAACCGCAUGAACGGUUUUUGCCUGAUAUGAAUUACAAGAUAGUCACUAUGCUAAUUGACGUGGUAAGUUUUUAAAAUUUCGUUUUUUUUUUUAAAUUUAGGUAACUUUAAUGACUAAAAAGAUUUUAGAAAGGCGAACUAGAGUUUUCACUAUCAGCUAAUCUGGUGGUGAAGUCGAUCGCUGUUAAUAGCUCCGCCAUGGACUUACUUAUAGUAGGUGAUCAGCUGAUAAGGAUAAACCAGGAGUUUGUUUGGAGCGUUGAUGAAGCCGACUCGUUUUUUGGUGUUAAUGGAAAGGUAGGGGAAGAUUUUGACUAUAUUCUGGAGUUUUUAUAGUUAAAAAUUUUUUUGACCGGUCGAUAAUUAUUGAACUUUUUUCAAACUUUUAUUUAUUUUUAGGCUUAUUUAGGCUUAGAAAUCUUUAAAAAUAUUAUUUUUUAGUAUGAAAUUCAAGUUCUGCGACAGGCCUACAAAACGCCGCUGAAAGACUGGAGAGGAAGGCAGUGUAAUAUAAAGCGCAAUUCCAGGACAAACUGUUUUGUAGCCGUCUUCAAAGUGCCUUCAGACGUCACACUAAGCCUAAGUCUUAUAGCGUUGCCUAGAAAAGGGACUUUCUUGGUUAGUGACGUAUGUUUUUGUCAAUUUCAAAAUUUUUGGCAAGAGAUCCACAGGGGGGACCAAGUUCAAUUUUUUCAAAAAAAAUUUUUUGAAAAUUUUAAAACUUUUGAAACAACGAUUACGAAAAAGUAUUUCAGAUAGACUGGAACACAUAUCCAGCGUAUAUCCUCCAAAUAAAUGAUGUUUUAAUGGAUGUGGAGAGCAGAACAUUUCGAACUUUGAACGAAUUCAGACGUGAAAUUACUUUAAAAGCCACCAGCGGAUUACAAUUCACUGUUGCUGUGACACGCCCAGAUGAUGCCAAGAUGCCAUCGUUGGUUUGUGAAGAAUCGGUAUGGAUUUUUAGUGUUGUUGCUUUGAUUUUUAGGUUUUUGAAUGAAAAUAAGGGUUGAAAUGGCAAGUUUUGACGGAAGAAGUGAAACUUCUGGCUGAAAAAUGCUAAAUUUUGGCUGAAGAAGCUAAAAUUCAGGCUGAUAAUCAAUAACAACCUAAAGAUAAAUAUUUUCAGUACCAAGACCGCAACAUGAACUGGCCUCUUCCGUCCGAUGUCUACCUAAUUGGUCAACGAGAAGUCCUCCGCUUCAAACAAUGUCUCUUAACCAAGGAUUCAAAGUCGAAUCCAACUGAAACGGAAUCAGAAGUAGUUGAUAAUGAUGAAGAUGAAGAAAAACAAAAUUGGAUUGAAAAUCUGAGUAUGAGGGUGAAGAGGAGCCGUGUUAGUCCGAGAAACUGGUCUGGCUUUUUGACUGGAGGACGAUCACCUUCUAAUCCGACUAAUAAGGAUAUUAGCUCGCCUCGGCGGAGGAAUUUGUAAGAUUUUUUUUGAACUUUGGAUAGGAUGAGCUAGGCUAGGCGUUUUUGGCAUGAAAAGAAGAGGGAGGGGUGAUUUUGAAUUUUUUUUUGAAAAAAAAUUUUGGAUGUUUUAGGUUAACAGGGGGGACCAAGUUCAAAUUUUUUCAAAAAAAAUUUUUUUUUGAAAAGUUUUUUAAAAGUUGUAUGGUAAAAUAAUAUUUUUAAGACUACAAUAAUAUGGUUGUUUCAGAAAACAGAGGAAAAAACGCCGAAGAGCAAGUGUGUUAAAGCAACGAGGAUCAGGUACACCACUGAGCAGUCUACGGAACCGAUGGAAAAAGCGGACUAAAAAGGAGGGCAGGGCGGUUAUUAACACUGUAAGUGGUUUUUUAUGUUAGAGUGUGGGUUUGAACGGCAUUUUAAAUAUUUUUUUUUGAAAAAAAAGAUUUUUAGUUAUCGACCGGUCGAUUUUUUAAACUCCAUUUUUUUGAAUUUUAGUAUUUUUUACUCUCGCUACCCUUAUAUCCAUCUCAAUUUAUACCCCUAACUCACAGUGAUUGAUCUACCGUACUAUUUGAUAUCUUAUACUGUCCAUCCCCCCCCCCUCCUUAUACGACACUAUUUCACGCAUUCUACUGUACCAUUUCCCACCUAAUACUGUACUCCUUCCAGAACGAAAACGAAGAAGAACAAGUCAAAUCGGACGUGACGGAAGACCAAAAACUCAGUUCAGUCGAUGCCGAAACCGAACCAAGCCUAAGGACACGAAUGAUCGAUGGUGCUCUAAAUUGGCUGAAGAAGUCGAAAGAUGACGCUACGACAAUGUUUCCGACCAAAUUUAUUAGACGAGGCUUUUCAAACCUUGCCAGUCCUGGGAAUCAACCACCUUCACCUAGAGCUACGAGUUCAGUAAAGGAUCAACAGGGCAGGGGUGGAGAAACUCAACUGGCUAGGGGUGGAGAGAAUCAACUGGCUAGGGGUGGAGACAAUCAACAAGGCAGGGCUGGAGAAGCUCAACAUGGCAGGGCUGGAGAAACUCAACAAGGAAGGGCUGCAGACAAUCAGCCCAAAGCGGCCGAAACCCCAAAGGCUGUAGACAAUCAGGACGAUCCACCAGCUAGGUCGGCCGACCGGUCGAUUCGAAGAAAACGCUCAAGUGACAUUUCGGAACGACGGAAACGGUCUAAGGACGAUUCAGUACGGAAGAAACGAGUCAAAAAUCAACUGGCAGAGUUCAAAAAGUACAAGGAUAAGCUGGAGGAUUCGAGGAAGAAGGAUAAAAAAGGUGAUAAGAAGAUGGCAGAGGUAGUGGCAGGUGAUAAGAAGAUGACAGAGCCAGUGGUAGGUGAUAAGAGGAUGGCAGAGCCAGUAGCAGGGGAUAGGAAGUUAGCAGAGCCAGUGGUAGGUGAUAGAAGGAUAUUAGAACCAGUACCAGGCGAUAAGAGAAUGGCAGAUCAAGUAGGUGAUCAGAAGCUCACAGCAGAUCCCUUGAAGCCCAACGAUCAACUAGACGAAUCCAAAAGACCCUCAGAUCCCUCAGCCAAACGCACAAAGCGACGACCGUCUCCAGUAGAAACGAAAAGACUUGUGGAUCCACUGGGCACGUCAAUGAAGGUCAAAGACCCCAUGGCUGGGUCGAGAAAAUCUCCAUCAGAAAGCAGUAAAAACCGUGACUCAUUGAAAGAUGCAAAGAAAGUUAAAGAUUCAGUACGAGAAAGGAAAAAGCUUAUAGUACCGGAACUGAAAAAACCUAUGGAAUCGACCAGAGAAAGGAAGAAGCCCACAGAACCGGGUGGAGAAGCGAAAAGACCUGUGGAAUCGGUAAGAGAACGAAGGAAGCUAAAGGAUGUGGAGCGGAGGAGGGGUUUGAAGCCGACUGGAGAAGCAAAACAGUAUAUAGAAGCGGCUGGAGAACCAAAAGGCCCUUUGGCACCGGCUGGAGAACCGAAAGGUCCUGUGGCACCGCCUGCAGAAACAAAAGGCCCAGAACCGGCUGGAGAUCCAUUGAAGAAUGUGGAACCGCCUGUACAACGAAAAAACCUCAUGGAACCAUUAGCCGAACCAACAAAGCCUUUCGAAUCGACCCCGGAACCAAAAAAUGCCAAUAAUAAUCAACUCGAACCGACUCAACCUAUGGAUCCGGACCAAGAAACAAAUAAGAAUCCAGCCGAAACACCGCCAGCAGAACUAAAAAAGCCCAACGUACCAAACGACCAAUGA